CCAAACUUUAGGGGCCCUUGGAUCAUUACGUUGAAAAUUUUGUGCAGCCUGCUCUUAGCCAAUCGUGCUGCAUGGUAUGACAGAACUCUUGACCUCUGACCAGAAGAAAAUACAAAAUUGAAAGUUCCGACGCCAGGAUCAGCCCAAUUGAUAUUGAGCAGUUGGAGUGUUCCUUACUCCCCCAGACCUAUUUAAUGGACGGAGCAGCCAUUGUGACAAGCUAAGUCACUCUCUAACCACACCGUCUGAACCCAUAUCAUCCUUAUCAUUACCAGCAAGAUGCCCAAAAUGUUAUUGAUCUUCUGUGAUGGGACUGGCAAUGAUGGCAACCUGACACUGAUCAGUAAACUGUUGCAGCCCAAAUCCGUUGCUCAGUUCACCGGAGGUGACGCGAACACGGUGUCCGAGAAUUGCGGUGAAGUUCCAGAGAUGACGUCAGCGGAUACACCUGUCGGCGGAGGCGGAGGCGGGGGCGGGGGCGACGUCAAGCAGUUCCCAACGAAUGUUAUUCGCCUUGCACGAUCCGUCAAAGCUCGGACAGCCGGCGGGAAGGAGCAGAUCGUCUUUUACCAAAGUGGAGUCGGUACGGAAGCCGAUUUCGCUGGAGAUGAAGUAUGGGGGACUUUGUCGUUGCAGGUACUGGGCACCUCAGUCGCGAGCAAGAUUCGUGACGCAUAUGCAUACAUCGCUCAGAAUUAUGAAGAUGGAGAUGAAAUCUGUAUCUUCGGGUUUUCUAGAGGCGCCUACACGGCAAGAAAACUGUCUGGGUUGAUUGAUCGCAUUGGGUUACUGACACGACAAAAUCUUGGACAAUUCUUCCUGAUUUGGCGUCAACUUAUAGACGACGAGACUCCUACCAUCCCAAGCGACACCCGGCAUCCAAGAGUCAAGUGCGUCGGCGUGUGGGACACAGUUGGGUCGGUGUACGCGACUAUCGACGCGCUCGAAAUCAAGGAUACAAGUCUUCCGGCCACAGUUGAUAUCGCGCUUCAUGCAAUUGCGCUCCAGGAGAAUAGAGAGAAAUUCCUGCCUACGUUAUGGACAACGCCCACAGGUGGAUUGGCCCCCAAUCAGACAUUGAAACAGGUAUGGUUCCCGGGAGCCCACUCCGACGUAGGCGGCGGUUACGAGCGCCGCGAACUUCAAGACAUUACUCUCUUCUGGAUGGUGGGAGAGAUCCUAUCCUUCAUUGAUCUAGACCUCGAUUUCUUGCGAUCCACCAGACAGCCCAUCCCCGAACCCUGGGGAACCUCUCAGCCCCAUAACGCGUAUAUGGAAAGCUCCUAUUCCGCACGGUACGCGGUCGGUCACAAGACCCGCCUCGAAAGCGGGCAGAUCACUACGACCUCUUCAUUACACCAGAGUCUCCAGUUCUCUCCUCAGGUCCUUACGUCCCCGGACUAUAUGACUACUACUUCCAUCAUUCAGAAAGCAUUUGGUAAAAGCCUCGGUCCGCAAUAUAUUGCUUUGAACGCCUAUGAGACAAAGUGUAAGGCCGACUGGAACAAUAUUAAGAUGGGCGCGCCGAAGCCUCCUAUCUUCGACGACCCAGGUGAUCUCAUCCGCAAGCCUACAGUCCACUGGACUACCGGGAGCACCGGGGAAUUUUUACCACCUGCAGCCAUUCAAGGAGGCCACGAGAGAAACGGCAGCCCACUUUAUAUCGCACGUGCUCCAUAUGAGGUGAGCUAAAGAAAUGUUGCUGGUUUGAGCAGUCUGUCAAUGUCUUAUGGUGUUGUCCAGGGUGGUCUUUGUAAGUUCUGAUACUAGAAUGUUUCUUCAAAG